UUCGGACCCAGAAGCUGCUUGUUUUCAGAGGAAAACAACUUUAAUGAACAGAGAAACUCUCAGAGAUUUGGAGACAGUUUGAAGCAGCAGCAUGGAUCAGGACUGGGAGACUGGGAGGGCCUGACGCGGAGCAGGGGUCAAAGGGCGUCGGCGAGGGGRCCAUCUGUUGCGCCGGAUCCCGCCAUGCCAGAGGAACCCAACAAGGACGCCACGAGAGCGCCGGCGAACUCGGAGAAGAGCGGCGGCACCGAGCAGGCCGCGACCGCCGCCGCGACYGCGGUCAACAUCCCCCGGGUCAACGAGGUGCAGCUGACCGCGGCCACCGGGGGCGCCGAGCUGUCCUGUUACCGCUGCACCGUCCCCUUCGGCGUGGUGGUCCUGAUUGCGGGCAUCGUGGUGACGGCGGUGGCCUACAGCUUCAACUCCCACGGCUCCACCAUCUCCUACUUCGGCCUGGUGCUCCUCUCGGCCGGCCUGGCGCUGCUGGCCUCCAGCGCCGUCUGCUGGAARGUCAGGCUGGAGAGGAAGAAGGAGCGGCGGCGGGAGAGCCAAACCGCCCUGGURGCGAACCAGAGGAGCAUUUUCAGUUGAGGCCUUCGCUGGAGCCGGCGCCGCAGAUGGGUCCUCAGGUGCCGUUUCAUGGCGAACCGGCUGCGAUCACGUAGAAACCACGAAGCUGUGAAAACCCCUGACCACAGACCUCUCACGGCCCAGGACUCCCAGCUUUGAAGACACGGCCAGGGGUUUAUUUGUCAAAUGGACAUCGAGCAUCUGGCGAGCUGGGAGCGCAGCCAGGAGGAAUGAAUCACAAUUAAGAUGAAUUAGCAGCGUGCACAGCGGCGUGCAGGAAGUACCCCAUUAAUCUGCCGCAGCGUGUGGCAGCUUUGAUUGUAACGGCUCAGAUUAGGAAGGCUGGAAUCCCAGGGAGGAGGACGGAAACCAACUGAAGGGUCCAGGAAAGUUAUUCACACCUCAUUUAUCGCACAUAUUUGUUAACGAACUCUCACAUUUAACGGUGCGGCUGCGUUGGGAGGAUGGUACGUGGACUUCAGAUCAGAGGGCACAUUAUUUAACCGUAAAYAUGUAUUCUCUUAAAGGGCCUGUGACGUCAGAUUUUUUGUAAUAAACAUGAAUGCAUUUUUUGGAAAGAUAA